AUUUAUUAUACUAUUUAUCAGUUGCUAAUCUUAACUUCAUUUAGCUACCCAAUCUUGAUUUCUCUUCAUACUACAAUCCGAUCAUAAAAUCUACCGGGUAUGGUACCUCGACGAAAUUGGAUGAAAAACCAAUUGUACUGGAGAUGAAGUCGGCGACUUUUGAGCAUGAAAACGGCGUGAAAAAUGGCGCUGAUGAACAUCUGCAACGCAUCUUUCGUUUGGAAAACGUUAAUUUAACUGUGAAAAAGGGUGAUGUGAUAUGUCUAGAAGGUCCUGUCGGUGGAGGUAAAAGUGCAUUUAUUGAUGCUAUCGUGGCUAGCGUUAACUGCACAUCCGGCAGCGUUUGUGUGCAUGAGCUAACUUCAGGUUUCGGUUAUGUGCCCCAAACGCCUUGGCUGCAACGCGGCACUAUACGCGAUAAAAUUAUUUGGGGUAAUGUAUUCGAUGAGCAAUGGUACAAAGCAAUUUUGUACGCUUGUGCGUUGAAUGAAGACUUGGAAUUAUUGGGCGGUGAUUUAAUUGGCAUAGGCGAAAACGGACGUACGCUAUCUGGGGGACAAAGAGCGCGUGUAGCUUUGGCACGAGCGGUCUAUCAGAAUAAGAAAAUUUAUUUGCUGGAUGACAUACUGGCUUCAUUGGAUGCGCACGUAGCACGUCACAUUAUCAGAAUACUGUAUACUUGGUCUGUUGAAGGAGAAGACACGCAUUGUGGUGACACGCAAUGUAUCGUUAUUCUAUCACGCACAUCAGAUACUCCAUAUCGAGGAUGGCAAGGUGACACAAAGCCAAUAUAUGUCCGAAAGUGUUGAUAUCCAUUUGGAUUUAGAUGAAGAAACCAUUGAUGAUAUAUACGACUACACUCGCAGAUCUUCCAUCGAUUUGGAUGAACAAAACUCACCUGAUAAAAAGAGCGUUGACAGUAUUAUGCUGGAGGAGUCACGGGAGUAUGGAAAGAUCUCAUUGAAUGUACUCUCCUGCUACUGGCGAGCCAUUG